AUGCCUUCGCUCGAGCUCGAUCCCUAUGCUGUGUUGGGUGUCUCCAAGGAUGCGACCGUGGCCGAUAUCAAGGCCGCCCACCGCAAAUUGGUGCUCAAGUGCCACCCGGAUAAGAUUCAGGACGAGGCCCUGCAGAACCAGGCGCGAGAUGAAUUCCAGAAGGUCCAGCAGUCGUAUGAGAUCCUGUCCGAUGCCACCAGCCGCCAGAAGUAUGACAUGAAGGUCUAUCUUGCCGAGCUGCGCAGCAAGGUCUCGGCCACCCCGCCCCGCCCCAGCUAUCCGCGUGAAUACCGCGGCGACCAGCUGUACGAGGAGCGGGCGCCCGCGGCCGAUCCGGAUUCCCAUGACGACGAUCUGUUCUACGCCGACGAGCAGCGGGCCUCGAGUCGCAAGUACGACGACAACGGCCGGCGCUCCCGCACCAAACUCGGCGUCGAUGAGAAGGGGAGGACCAAGACAACCCCGCUGAGUGCCGCCCAGGCCGCCAGGGAGAAGGUGGCACGCGAAAGCUCCAAGGCCGGCCAUUCCGACCGGGCCAAAACUCGCACGAAAGAACGGCGUCGGGAUGUCACGGAGAAGUACGAACGGUACGCCCCCGAGGAGAUCGUGGUCGAAGACGAUGACGACGGCCGUCGCCACCAUCACCACCACCACCACCGCAGCAGCAGCAGCAAGCUCGACGAUUCAGACUCGGACUCGGGCUCGGACCGCUCGUACUACGUGCGGGUCAAGAAGCCGCCUCGCGAGACCUCGUCUCGCAAGCCAAAGUCCCGAUCGUCCGGCCACCGCUCGCCGCCCCCGAGAUUCGAUGAACCGGAGGAAUACUCCGACUACGAGUCGAAUAAGCAUGAGCACCUGCACACCUCCGCGCGGGACUAUAUCAUGCGUUCCAAGGGCAACCCGCCGAUUGAGAUCAACAACCGCCGGCCCCGGUCGUCCCACUCCCCGCCGCCGCCGCCGCGGUACCAUAGUUACGAUUCCACGGAACCAGAGUCCACUUCCCGCCGCUCGGUCCGGACCCCUCGCUCUAGCAGGGACAACGUGCGUCCAUCGUCCUCGCGUCAAGGUUCCCGCGAGCACCUGGAGAUCCCGCGUGUGUAUGAGCCCAAGAUGCCCAGCAUGCCCACUGCGGCCACCUCCCCGGGGCUCAAGGUACCUUCCUCCUCCUCCUCCACCCGGCCCCCGAUGCCGCCUUCUCGGUCGGCAACCACCACCUACCCCUCGCGACCCAAGCGUGAAGGCUCAAGCCGAAGCGACGAUCCGCUCUAUAAAAUGGUCUACACCGACGCGGCCGCGCCGCGAUCGACCAAGAGCCGGGGUCCUGAUCGCUACGACUCGGAGUACUCCAGUUCUCCUACCCCAGACCUGCACCCUAGUGGUGGCAGCCCCCCGAAAGUCUCGACGCGGUACAAGGUCGUGAGCGGUGCCGAGCGGGACGUCCUGGUCGAAUCCGACCUCCCGAAACCGACCUCCUCCUCGUCAUCGUCGUCGGCGGCGCGCCAUUCCCGUGGCUACUCGCCCACCCGGCACGAGCGGUCCUCGGCCUCAUCACGGCCCAUGCCCAAGCCCGUCCGCAGCAGCACCGCCCCCAUCUACCCACACGACUCGUACCGGCCGAGCAGCAAUAGUUCCUCGUCCAAGACAGCGGCCUACUCCAGCAAACCAGAGACGGAACGCGAGUAUCUCUCCCGUCUGAAGGACAAGGGCACUGGGUACAUCGCGCGCGAGGUCGGCCCGAACGGCGUCGUCUACUCGCGCGACCCCCAUUAUCCGCGCCAGUACGAUGAUCCUCACCACCCGCCUACGCACCGACGACAGAUGACCUUUGCGUGA